UAUAUUUCCCAUUUCCUUUCCCUUUUUUUUCAUUUACAUAUAUCCACACACAAAUACAUACACACGAGAAACCGAUGAAUUCUACCAGCGUCAAGACCAAAAGUCAACAGUCGAACAUAGCCUGGGGACUCGAUACCAAUACAUUAGACGACUGGCUUGAAAAUGAUUUAAAGCAAUCUAGCUUAUUCAAACUACAACAACAGCAUCAGCAGCAUCGCAGCCAAAAUAAAUGUUCUUUGAAUAAUCUGAUUAUCCAUGAAGAAAAUGAAUCAAUUAUAAAACAAGAAGAGGUUGAAAUGAAAUCCGAACCACAAGAAGAGUUACAAAAUAAAUCAGUUCCCGCCAAUUUAAUACCCCUUAUCAAGGUCUACUCAUUACUGAACGCUAUCAAACAGAAUGAAAUGAUGAACAAAAGUAAUAAACACCAUCAUCACAAUAAAAAUAUGAUGUCAAUCGCGCCCGCACCUCCCUCUCCUACUAGUAGCCACUGCAGGACCAUCUACACGGACAACCCUCCCAAAAACAAGUGGGGACAUAAGCGAAUUACAGCUGAGGCAAAGAGAAAAAGCAACACGGCAGCUGCACGAAGAUCUCGAUUAAAAAAAGCCAAUCUGAUGGAAAAUUUAGAGACUAAAGUGGAUAGCUUACAGAGCAAUAACGAACGAUUACGAGUGAAAUUGGCUGUAUUAGAAACUGAAGUUAAUUUCGCCUCUGACAAGGAGCAACGCAAUAGACAACGAGUGCUGGAUUUGGAAAUUCAAUUGGCAAUGGCUCAUAAAAAACUUGUUGAGGGUUACCAAAACGGAGAGUGAAUAACAUCUUCGUAUAUGAUGAAGAGGGGCUGGGGGUAUUUUAUGCAAACAAAAUGUAGUGUAUAAUUAAUAAAAAACUGCUUUUACACACUAAAUAAAAAACAACAACAAAUACUUGGUCAUCCUUCCAUUUUUCUCUUCU